AUGAUCGCUAUCAACACCCUCAUGCUACUUGCUAGCACUCUUAUCACAACUCCUCUUGCAGCUAUGAAAGCCCGUGAUGGUGACCCAACUGCCUUCACCGAAACCUGCUCUGGCUUGCGUUUGAUGUGGCCGGGUGAGGCCAAUACCGUCCUGGAGGGCAACUGCAGCCAGACCGGAACCGGUGCCAAGCCAUGUACCUACGUCUUCCUCGACUCUUGCUACGCAGUCGACGACAGGGGACAGAUCACGCCACGAAUGUGGGGUGGCGGGUUCAUUAACAAGUGCAACGACUGCGAGCUUACUGAUGGAUCCUCGUGUCUGAGCUGUAACUGCACAAACAAAGAGGGGAAAUGGGCCAUCGCUAGAACUGAUCUCACUCAAACAGUCAGGAACGACGACGGCUACUUGUGGUGCCUCGAUGUGAAGGGUAAUACAUGUCCGCAGUGA